GUUGUCGUUCUGUUGCGUUUAUUGCGGUUUUGCGAAUUUCGCACUGAUUCAACACGGAAGGACUGAACAACCGAUGAUAGUUCAGACAGUGGCGCAAACGGUGAGCAUUACACGACACGAACAUCUCACUGUUUGUUUGUUCAGUGACUACAGUGACUGAAAUAAUAUCAAGGAAUCCUAAUCUUAUUAAGACAAAUCGAAAUUUUUGCACCAAACUUGAGUUUUGCCUAGAUUUUUGCAAACAGGUCGUCACAUGACCUCCAUUUUUGUCUUUAAUAAAUAUACUAAGAUUUUUGAGUGUGCACUUACUUUUUUUGCUCUUUACUUGCUUUCAAUAAUGCUUUUGUGUGUGUGUGUUUCCAUGGGUUUGUUUGUAUUCAGGGGUGUGCGCCAGUUUCAGCCCCACCAUGGUCCAGGUGCAGCUCUGCACUUUAGACCAUCUAAUAAACUCAGGGUUUGGCCGUCCUUUCCCUCGUCAUGGCCUUCAGCUCCUGCUCUGGUUUGCCAAAGACUGUGUGACCUGUGAAGUCAUUAGUUGUGUCUUAAUCAUGAAGGUAUGAUGACACAUUUAAUUUGAUGUAAUACAAAUAAAUGUUCAUUAUUGUCAUUCUAACCAAUCAUCAACCAUAAUCAAGCCCUAUAUAUUCAGCUCUCCAUCAACGAAAGAGUAAUGUACAUUCUUAAUAAGAAAUUGGUAAUGCUGCUGCUUGAAUAAGAUCAUAUACGUUUAUGUGAAGUGACCUGAGUCUCUGCCAACAGAUGGUGUUGGGUUGUGAUCCAGAAAAUGGUUGUUACGGCUUCCACCAGUUUGGGAAUAAUGAGGAACUUCUUCCUGUUCUGGACCCACCACGAAAGAGGAAGAAGCGGGUUUGUGACAUUUUCAGUGUUUUUGUUGUUGUUGUUGUUACUAGUAAGAUUUGGUCCAUAUUAUUAUUAUCCAGAUCCAUAUGUCCUCUGUAAACAUGGUGCAAACCUCUAGGCGAACAAAUGCCUCAUGGUGCAGGUGCUCAAUCAUUCAAAGUCCAGGUUUGCCAAAUUCUGAGGAGAAGAAAAGAACUUUUAAUUUUUUGCAUAUUGAAAGCAGUUUAAAUCAUCUCUAAUGCAGAAAGUAUUAUGAGCUCUUGAAGAAAUGAUGGUCUUGUUUGAGGCUGUUUCCCUCCCUUUCUCUCUCUCAGGUUUCUUUUUCUCCCUCUCUCCCUAAAGGUUGUGUAUUAUGAAGUCGGCAACCUGAAUGCAGAAACCUACCUUGGGUCUGAGAACCUCCCGAAUUAUGUGACACAAAACUUUGGGUUUGAGGGUGAAGACAAUACAGACCGCCUUAUCAUCAGUUACAAAGUGAGAAGCAGGGUGGUGGACAAGGUCUACGUCACCCAGCAUGACAGAGCUUUCUCUGGACGCUUCAGUCCCAAUGACACUUACGAGAUCAGCUCUGAACUGAUCCAGGCCCUGCAGAGUCCGUACAUGGAAGUCACCUCCUUUCUCACCCAGAUGGGCUAUUAUGGAGAUAUCCCGGUGGUGGGAUCGUGUGAUAAUGAGUACACAAACUACCAAAGUGAGCAAAUUUCUACUUUUAACAACUACAGCUGCUCUACAGUACAAAUAGAGCAUAGCAAUGCCUCUGGACAUUACUCAGUGGCAGUGUGCGGCAAUGUAACCGUGAACAACAGAGAAAUUACUUUCAACGAACCAGCGUACUACAGUGGAGUGCAAUACAACUACAGGAGGCCUAAGGCAAGCAAGACACCAAGAGCUGUGGUGAAAUGGUGUGACAAUGAGAACACAAACUACCAAAGUGAGCAAAUAGUUUCUACUUUUAACAACUACAGCUGCUCUACAGUACGAAUAGAGCAUAGAGAUGCCUCUGGACAUUACUCAGUGUCAGUGUGCGGUGGCGGCAAUGUAACCGUGAACAACAGAAAAAUUACUUUCAACAAACCAGCGUACUACAGUGGAGUGCAACACAACUACAGGAGGCCUAAGGCAAGCAAGACACCAAGAGCUGUGUGGCCAAGUUAUUCCAUGUCUGAGUUGGAGGGGCUGUACAGACGUAAGUAUUUAUUCACCCAGAGUUACACACAUUUGUUCGAACCUUGAUAAUGACGCUUCACCUGGUAUUCAUACAAGGUUUCAGUAGCUGCGUUUACACAAGUAAUGGGAAUAAAGGCCCGAUCAGAAUAAAAAUGUGUCAUGUAAACAUGUUGAUUGGAAGAUUCUGAUCCAAUUCAGUUCAAUCGGAAAGGAAUUGUAUUCCGAUCAAGAGGGGUGGUUUAUGCUGAUCGAUAUUCUGAAACGCAUCUAUGUAAACACUUAUUCUGAUCUUGACUCUCUAACCUGACUCGCUCUUCACUCUUUAGCUUUCGGUUUAUUUAUUUAGGUCAGUACAGAAGCAUAAAACACAACCGCAGUUGCCGUGCCUACAACCUUUGACAGAACUGUAAAAUUCGUAAGCAAUGGCGCCAUCUAGUGACAUCAUUUAACAAAGGGGAAAAAUCCUGAAUCAGAUGAAGUGAGCCACUACCGCGUUUGUCGGUUUGUUGACAGCACAGGCGUAAAUACAACUCUUUUUCGUCUGUGGUUGAUUUAGCGAAAUCACACAACUCUGGGCAUGUCCAACUGCUUCUAACCUGAAUAAAACCUGGUGCAUGUAUACGCACGUCAUGAUCAGAUUACUUGAUUUUGCGCCCAUAUAAACAAUGGAUUCAGAUCAUCUGAUCCCUCAAAUUUUUAAUUGGAUCAAGAAAUUUUGCACAUGUAAACAUGGCUAUUGACAGGAUUUGAUCAGCCUUGUCUACAGGUGUGAAUGCAUUCAGUUAGAACAUACUUGUUAAGAUAUUUCAAAAGCUUUCAUGUCUCCAAAUUCACAUAUAAAAGAUGAAAAGUCCAAAAAUAUUCCAAUUUGUUUAUCUGUGAUUUUUCUUCCUCUUAUAAAAUAGGUAAAACUGACAGCUUAGAGUGCUGAUUGUGCAGUGGGUCAUUGUACCUGCAAAAACACCUCAAACAUGAAUUUUAAUGCUGUUAGCUCAAACUGGAGAUGCGGUUUUCUUGCUGCUUGAAUCCAUGUUAUUAUGACGGGUCAGAUCAUAAUGCAUGAUUUCUGAAUUUCUGUCUGCAGGUUAUGAUAAAGAAGAUAAGGGAGGCAGCAGAGGCAGCGACAUCAUCAAGAUCCUCCUCGGUGCUGGGGCGCUGCUGCUGGCCGUUAAAUGUUUCAGCUGGCUGGGGAGCUGCCUGGAGGUCGAUGAAAACAUCUCCAAGAGCAUCUCCAGGAUAUCUAGGACGCCGAGAAUACCUCUGAGCUUCAGGAACACACAUGUAAUGUUGGAUUAUGUGUUCUAGAUUUUUAUAUGGAUGAAUUUUUUUAACAUAUUAUCUCUACAUUUAUCCUGUGAAAUACCAUAAACAUGCUGUUUGCUAGUUAAUGAUAUGAUAUAAAUGCACUGCCAACAUUGAAUAUGUAGACAGCACUGUUUCACUCUAUUUUCCAUACUGGAAAGACAUGUAUUGUUUCUACGGAUGAAAUCAUAGCCUGUGUUUUUAGGACACUUCUUAAUGAUAUUUACAAAAACUGACACAUUUAUGGGACCAGAUUCUUUGAAUUGUGAAAGCCAAACAGUAAUUAUAUUUCAAUGACCAAAAUCUUAAACUUUUGAUCUACAUAAAGGUGAUCACGCUUUGAACUUUUGAUAAUGAUGAAAUAGUCAGACUGAAACCAUGCAGUAUUCGAGUUUGACAUAAUCAAUAUAGCACAGAUUUACAAGGUUGGAGGUUAGAGGGUGGAGUGAUUUUCAACCAGACUUAUCCAUCCAUUUGUACAACUUAUCCUGUUUUUGGGGUUGUGGUGAGCCAAAGCUGGACUCAGCUGUCACUGGGUGAGAGGUGUGUACACAUGAGGCGAGUGGAUGCACAAUCACAGGACUGACACACGCUCGUGAACCUGAUCUCAAUAUCCACUCACACACUUUGAGGCACACUCCUGCUAAGUCUGUGAGGGUUCAGGGCUGUGAAGUGUGUGGGGGAUCUGUCUUUUUUAUGUAUUGGCAUGUUUGUUAAUUGAUUUUUUUUGUCUAAAAUGUUAAAAUUGAAAAUAAAAUUUGUAUGAUGAUAAACAGUAAA